UGACCGGCAUUCGGCCGUAGGCGGACCGUGAGCGUUAACAUUCGUGCAUAAAAAAGUCAAUUGAAAGCGAAAACGUGAUUUUUUGUUCGGCGCCGUAUCUUUAUACCUACAGCUUAUGCAUGAUAUGUCAUGUGAAAAAGACAGGACAAAUAUUUAAAUAUCUUUUUAACAUAUAUUCAACGCCAGUGUGACUGAAGAUCUCGUUUCCGUGAUAGUGGCUGUGGACCCUGCCUUGCCUAUAUCUACUCUUCCUAGAAGCAGCGGCGUUGCCGAAUGGUAUGGUCUCUCUCCGAAUGGGUGUGGUUGAAUUUCUCUCAACGCUAAUGUCCGUGCAGAAGAAGGUUAUUUAUGUGGGGUACGAGUCGGAAUCGUUUGCAUGUGCCUAGGUAUAGGCAUACGUGCAUUUCUACUUCGGAGCGUGUUAACCGUAGGAGCAUCGUUUCGUUUAUUUUUGCGCCAAUAGGCGCGUCUCCAGAUCAGCCGGCAAGAUAAGUCGAUUUUGGUUCUAUUUCUUGUUUUUUUAUUUUGCGAUCAAAAACCCGAGUCCGAUCCUCUUUCUGGUCUUCGCAGUUUAUAUAGUAAUUCAUUUUUGGACAAGGGUGCGACGGGCAUAACGGAAAAAGGGAGAGGGAGGAGAGAAGGAAGAAGGAGAGUACCGAGCCGAGCGAAGAAGGAAGCGAGGGAUCAGAAAAUUACAUGCAGCAAGAUUGCACUCAAACCCCCAAAAAAGAAUCUUUGAUAUAUGUUUGGUGUUAAUUCUCUCAAAUACCGAGUGAGCAAACAUACUACGCGUCGUGUUGUUACAAAUAUAAAUUUGUAACGGUAAGUUUCAGGACUUUGAAAACCCAUUUGAAGCAGAGAAGAGGAUUUAGCGGUGUAAUACACAUACUGCAUUUUUGAGGAGGCCCUGAAUCGACUUGAUGUUCUUCUCAAAGCAGUACUACUUGAAAAAAACGCAUGACAUGCAUAUCAUUCAGCGUUUGGUAGUGGAUUGAAACUCCUGGAAAUCCGAACGGCGUGUCCUGCAGUGAAGAGAAGAUCAAGCCGUCUCCGUGUACUGAAUAACCGCGGCCGCUGGCUUCUAUUUCUCGCCGGAGAUAAAAUACGCCAGGAAAUUCAAGAAAAUAGCAGGUUGCUGAUUGGCUGAAAGGUGGUGGGAUUAAGAGUUUAGCGGCAAUCAAGUAUGAGUGAGCUGGAGCAGCUGCGCCAGGAGGCGGAGCAACUGAGGAACCAGAUUAGGGAUGCCCGGAAAGCCUGCGGGGACUCCACCCUGACACAGAUAUCCGCCGGACUCGACCCCGUGGGCCGGAUCCAGAUGCGGACGCGGCGGACGCUACGAGGGCACCUGGCUAAGAUCUAUGCCAUGCACUGGGGCUCCGAUUCCAGGCUCCUUGUCAGUGCCUCACAGGACGGUAAGCUGAUCAUCUGGGACAGCUACACCACCAACAAGGUCCACGCCAUCCCUCUGCGCUCCUCCUGGGUGAUGACGUGUGCGUACGCCCCCUCGGGGAAUUAUGUGGCCUGCGGGGGCCUGGACAACAUCUGCUCCAUCUACAGCCUGAAGACGCGCGAGGGCAACGUGCGGGUCAGCAGGGAGCUCCCCGGACACACAGGUUACCUGUCCUGCUGCCGCUUUAUCAGUGACAAUCAGAUCAUCACAAGUUCUGGAGACACCAGCUGUGCAUUGUGGGACAUCGAGACGGGGCAGCAGACCACAGUAUUUUCUGGCCACAGUGGCGACGUCAUGAGCCUGUCCCUGUCUCCUGACUCGCGCAUCUUUGUGUCGGGUGCGUGUGACGCCUCCGCCAAGCUGUGGGACGUCCGCGACAGCAUGUGCCGCCAGACGUUUGUGGGGCAUGAGUCCGACCUCAACGCCAUCUGUUUCUUCCCCAAUGGCUAUGCCUUUGCCACGGGCUCCGACGACGCUACCUGCCGCCUCUUUGACCUGCGGGCCGACCAGGAGCUGAACCUCUACGCUCACGACAACAUCAUCUGCGGCAUCACCUCAGUGGCCUUCUCCUGCUCAGGGCGCCUCCUGCUGGCCGGAUACGACGACUUCAACUGCAACAUUUGGGACGCCAUGAAGGGAGAUCGCGCUGGAGUUCUAGCGGGUCACGACAACCGCGUCAGCUGUCUGGGUGUGACGAGCGACGGCAUGGCUGUUGCCACCGGUUCCUGGGACAGCUUCCUGAAGAUCUGGAAUUGAUUGACCACUGGACAUGGACACACAAACACACACACACACACACACACACACACAGUACAUAUGCUAUGUAAUGUCACUGUACAUAUUGCGUUAAUAUUACAUGCAGCAGUGCAAUUAAGGCACACGAACGUCCAGGAGUGCAUAACGCUGCGCGGACAGCAGUGGCACCGUGCCUGAGUGAACGUGGACUCGCACACUCACAACCUGGCGGCCUGUCACAUGACUUUUUGCGACACAGCUGGAGUGAUGCAUCAUUACGCAAAAUUGCACAUACAUGCUUUUUCCAAAAAUGCUGAGAUGUACAUAAGUAUGUAUGGGGGGUGGGGGGACACCAAUAGACCUGGAAAACAUGGAGGAGGAAGUGAUAUUUGUGGGAUUGAUCUCUUUCAUCUUCAAAACAGGGGAGGGGGUGAGGGGAAGCAGGACCCCUCUGGUCUGUGCCCGGUAAGGCUGGACAAACCGCACAUCAGGGCUGGGGGGGAUGACUAUGGAGUGGCUGUGUUGCUGGGAAUGAACUGUAGGUGGCGCUGUGACAGCUGACUGGCCAAGAGGGGGUUUGAGGCUUGGGGUCCACACGACACAGAUGGUGAAUGAUGUGUGUAUCUGUGAGCUCCUAUCCUGAUAUGUCUGCGUACAUAAAUGUACAGGAAAUGGAUUGUUUUUUUUAAUUUUUAAUGGAAUUUUGUUUCUGCGCCUCAAUACUCUUUUAAUGUAAUAUUAAUAAAUAAUAUAAAUGACAGUCAACAAAA